AUGUCGACCCCCUAUGAAAUGAGCAACCUGUUUCCUCAGAACUUCACCUCUUCAAUCUCGGCCCAAUCUGUCCCGAGCUCCACCUUAGGCGUCCCAAGACAUGUUUUUGCAGGAGAUGUUUGGUUGCCUGGCCAACCUAGAGACAGCCUUGCAGUCGGCAGCAUGGAGGCUGAUCCAGCCGAAAGCGCUGCCUUUGCAGUCUUCUCCAACGCCACUUUUGCCACACAUGGCAGCCUUAACUCCAACUACCAUGGCUACGGCAUGGCAACACCGACGACUCAGAGCUCAAUGCUAACAACUAGCUGGGAUGAUGCUAAAAAAAAUACUGCUGUUAUUGCUUUCAUUUUCUCCCUGUACGCCAUAGUCUUCUUCCUAGGCCUGCCCGGCAACAUUCUCGUGGUACAUGUGGUGCUACGUACCAAGGCAAUGCAGACGAUUACAAACCUCUUCAUAACAAAUCUGGCCAUUUCCGACAUUCUCAUGACUCUGGUGGCCACUCCCUUCACGCCGUUCGCCCUCUACGUCGACAGCUGGACGUUGCCAGAUGCACUCUGCAAACUCUUGCCCACCACAAUGGGCGUUUCGGUCUAUGUCUCUACUCUUACCUCGACGGCGAUCGCUGUCGACCGGUACUUUGUGAUUGUCCACCCUUUUGUUUUGCGCAUGAAAAAGUGGCUUUGUCUUAUAAUCAUAAUUACGGUAUGGACAAUCGCCAUCCUCAUCUCGAUGCCAUUAGCUGUCUAUCAACAGAAGAACUUUGAUCCAAUCAAAAACAUCACCUCGUGUCAAGAGCGCUGGCCCAGAGAGGCGGCUCGUGAGGUCUUCACGAUUGUCAGCUUCGUGCUUCAAUUCGUGGUGCCCUGCAGCAUCAUCUCCGUGUGCUACCUGAAGGUGAGCCAGAUCCUGCGAAUGCGAUGUAUCGUCAAGAUUGGAAGUGGAGUCAAGAGCCGGUAUCAGGGCGAGCAGGAGAUCCGUCGGAAACGGCGAACCAACACAAUGCUGAUCGCAAUGGUGAUCAUAUUCGUGGUAUGCUGGAUCCCCUUGAAUGUGCACUGGAUCGUGACGGAUGUGAUCAACGAUGGUCAGAUUAACGGGGUUCGCAGAAACAAAUACUUUACACUAAUCUUUUUCGUCUGCCAUUUGUUGGCCAUGAGCAGUGCAGUUUACAACCCCUUCCUCUACGCUUGGAUGAACGAAAACUUUCGCAAGGAAUUUCGUCGUAUCUUGCCCUGCCUAUUUCGACAUCUUCGUCCAGCCUCACACACCUCCGUUCAACUCGCCGGCACUCUCAUGACGACAGAGUGGAGCACCGCUGAACGCAGUGGCAUUCUGGUACGGAAACAGUCGGGAGUCCCGAAUGUAUGCGGAAACGCCACGAUAUCCUCACCCAAUCGGGAGCACCGCCCGUCGAUACGACUUCGCACUUCGGACAUCCGAUUAUCGGUUUCUGAGGCCAAGCCGAGCCUUGACGACUCCAAAGUGGCGGCCAUCCGUGACCCGGCCAGUAACUCCGGCAGCUGUAGCAACAGUCUCUCGCUGGCAGUGCUCUGUAGAAAGGCGGGCCAGGCCGAAGAGGCGAAACGACGGCAGCAUGAAGCUCUCAAACGUCAGGAGGAGCUA